AUGCUGCGAAUGGGGUCGGGAGUGCGGCGCCUGGACGGGCGGCGCGUGCGUGGUCUGCACAGCAGUGCGGUGCGUGCGCUUGCCCAGGCGGAGCGCAAGAGUGACAUGGUGAUCGUGGGCGCGGGCGUCGCGGGCCUCGCGAUGCUCGCGGGCCUCGUCGCGAGCCCGCGGCUGCCGGCGAUGCACAUUACGAUGGUCGACGCGACGCCUGUGCACCGCUGGGGCGGGUGGCUCGAGGCGCAGCGCGCGCGCACGCGCCCCGCGAGCGACACGCACGACGGCGUGCCGUGGGAGAACCGCGUGAUCAGUCUCAACAUGGACAAUGUCGCCUGGCUGCAGCGGCUCGGCGCGUACCCGUACGUGGAGCCGACGCGCAUGCGGCGCGUCGAGCGCAUCCGCGUGUGGGACGGCCUCACGGGCGCGGCGGCCGAGUUCGGCACGGACGGCCGCGCGCUCAGCGUCAUGGUCGAGCUGGCGAACCUGCAGCAGGGGCUGUACCGCUUCCUCGCGGCGCGCGCGCCGCACAGCCGCGUCACGUACGAGAUUGUGGACGAGGCGCGCGUCACGUCGAUCGACGCGCCGGACCGCAGCGCGUGGCCGCGCGUCUCGCUGCGUGCCGGCGAGCAGGACACGGUCGUGACGACGCGCCUGCUCGUCGGCGCGGACGGCCACCGCUCGCCGGUGCGCGCGUUCGCGGGCAUCGAGAGCUACGGGUGGCCGUACGGGUGCAAGGGCCUCGUCGCGACGCUGCGCACCGGGCACCACACGCGCAGCGCCGAGCCGAUCGUCGACCAGCAGGCGUGGCAGCGGUUCCUGCCGACGGGCACGCUCGCCUGCCUGCCGCUCUCGCCGACGUCCGCGACGGUCGUGUGGGCGCUGCCGCCCGAGCUGUGCGACCGGCUCGUGGCAAUGCACCGCGCGUCGCCCGUCCUAGACGGCACGUCGAGCGUGCUGGCCACGCUGCUCUCCGCGGGCUUCCGCCUGCCGUGGGCGGAGCUCGAGCCGCUGCUGCACGAGGCGCCCGCCGAGGACACGCACGCUUUCGAGCAGCGCGUGCUCGCCGCCGUCGCCGCGUACGAGCAGCGCGCCGGCGCGCACGCGCCGAGCGCCUACACGAGCGCCGUGCCGCCCUGGGCCGACGCCGUCGACGUGCGCAGCGUCGCGAGCUUCCCGCUGCAGCUGCAGCACGCCGCAUGCUACCUGGGCAGCACGCUGAACCAGACGAGCGCGUGGCCGCGGCCCUCGGACGUGGUCCGCGGCGUGCUCACCGGCCUGGGCCUCACGCCCGGCGGCGCCGCGCGCGGCGCGGGGCAGGGCCGCACCGUGCUCGUCGGCGACGCGGCGCAUGCGACGCACCCGCUCGCGGGGCAGGGCCUGAACCUCGGGCUGCAGGACGUGCGUGCGCUGCUGGCCACCCUCGAGGAUGCGUGUGCGCACGGCAUGGACAUUGGCACACACAGCGCGCUACAGAGCUACGAGCGCGCGCGCUACCUGCCGAACCAGGCGAUGCUCAGCGUCACGGACCACCUGCACUGGCUCUUCGCCACGCGGCCGUCGUCGCCGUACCAUCCGAGCGCGCACGGCGCGCUCGCCGCCGCGGCGCGUGAGCAGGCGCUGCGUGCGCUGGUGUGGGCGCGCUCGACGGGCCUCGACGUGGUGAACGAGUUGGGGCCGCUCAAGCGGCUGUUCGAGGCGGGGGCCGGCUCCGCUCCGUAG